AUUAAUUUAGUAAUAAUCAAAUUUCCUCAUUAUCAUCUCGCUGAUCCAAUACGUUCCUUAAUACUUUAAAUUAUCAGAGGCUAUACUUUAUGUACACUUAAUCAUAUCUUAAUUAUAUGGUUGAAGUACUUUAUUUAUCUCUAUUAUUAAUACACCUGUAGAUUGCAAGCACAUAAAGUUACAUGUGUGCUGGCACUAGUCUGUGCCUGGCAACGAAGAUGGACGAUAAAGAGUUAUUUGUUGUGGGGGCAGAAUUUUCGGAGUUAAAAUUCAAUGGAUUUUGGGAUUGGUUUGUACAUGUUUCGGACUUGUCCAUACAUUUAAAAUAUCAACCUUCAUAUCUCGUAUCACAGUUUGCUUUUACAGUAGGAGGAAUAGCCACCUUAAUUCACGCUUUCAUCAGGGGUGGAAGAUUACCAUGGUUAUGGCUAGGAAUAUUUCUUCACGGAGUUGUAGUAGAAUGCAUGUCCUACUUUGUGCCUGACAUAGACAAUUUUUGGCAUUCUCAAACGCCUAUUAUGUUCCUAGGAGGCAGAUUUCCAUUGCACAUUAUGAUAUUAUACCCUGUUUUUCUGUAUCAUGCUAGUGUGGCUGUGGCAAAAAUGAGGCUACCCAAAUGGGCGGAACCUUUCGCAGUUGGACUGUGCGUGGUUCUCAUUGAUAUUCCCUAUGAUAUACUGAGCGUUAACUACCUUCACUGGACUUGGCAUGACACUGAUCCAAACAUAUACGAUAGACACUAUUGGGUACCAUGGAACUCUUAUUAUUUCCACACAACGUUUGCCGCCAGUUUCACUUUCUGGUUCCACAUGACUAGAAAAUGGUUCUGCCAGAGUGAAGGGAAAUGGGUGUCCGACAAAAGAUGGAUUAGGGAGUUGGUGUGUACAUUGAUAGCAGGAGUGUUGGGAACCCCAGGAGGAAUACUGCUUUUCAUACCGAUUUAUCACCCAUUGCACGACAUUUAUAAGCUGCACAGUGAAGUUACAUAUUUCAUUCUAUUUUCUGUUGCUCUCUUGAUCAUCUGGUCAGCAGAUCGAUCGAAGAGGACAGACGAUUUUGAUAAAACUCAAACGUACAAAUUUCACUGGUCCACAUGGAUCUUGAUCGCUCAUUUGGUCCUUCAUUACGGUUCAUUUUUAACUAUUCCGUUUGUUUUCAAGUCUGAAAAUGAGAUUUCAAUGGGACUUAAGGAACCUAUUGGACCAUGCGAUCAGAAUUCACCGGUUCACACAGCAUUCGGAAUGGUUUUGCAAAAAAGAAAGUACCUGUGUCCGACCGAUUACGACGAGGGUUACUUCAACUGGGACUGCUUGCCGAACAAGAAACCACCAUCCGACGGCUCUAUUUGGUAUACAGCGUGCGGAACACCGCUGCCCAACGUUGCUGAGAUGAGAGUGCUGAUGGCGUUGCUGAGUCUCAUCGCUGCAGUGGUGUUCCGCAAUCUGCACUUUAAAUCUAGCGGAGAUGUCGUAUUUAAUUACAAAGACAAAAUUGUGAGUGGAAAAUCGUCCAAAUCGGCGACGAAGAAAAAAGUGAAAGAACACUAAAUAUAUCAAAAGUUGUUUAAUUGUAACUUUUACAAAUACAAAAAUCAGACCUACAUACUGAAAAUUGUCUGGGUUGAAAUAAACCAUUAACUUAU